AAUUUUAAAAUGCAAUCAAACCCUAACCCCUUUCGUCUUCCUCCGACUCGUACAGUCCCUCAAUAUCACAACACGUGCUUUGCUGUAACUCUCUCUCUCUCUCUCCCUCCAUCGGCCGGCAACAAUUGCAGUCCCCCUCUCUCGAGAAUCGCAGGUUCUUAAACAGAAGGGAAGCAACACUCUGUACUGCUGGCUACUGCCCUCUGUAGACUAGAGAGAAAGAGAGAUGAGGCUGCUUAGUCACAACAUGCUGUCUUCCAACAUUAAAGGCGUGACUAACGGCUUUCCUCUGCGAAUUGAAGCAGAGAAGGUAGUGGUGAAGCAGGUGGACUUGAACGUUCGUUUCCUGAAGAACAUGUUUCCUAAGAUCGAGUGGAAGGCCCUUGUAGAGGCUUCUCGUACAAUGGGCUAUGCCGAGCUCCCUGAGGAGGUUGAGCCUUCUAAGCUCGAUUCUAGGGAUUUCCUGCAAAAGUUCCAUCAUGCCCUUUUGGAGCUUGUUCUUGAGGAGGGUGCUCUUGUUUGCCCUGAAACUGGUCGCCGGUUUCCUGUUUCAAAGGGGAUACCAAACAUGUUACUUCAUGAGGACGAGGUCUGAAAUGAUUCACAGUCACUGGACUGUCAUUUGCUUAUCUUGUACUUAAUGAAAAUUAGGCACUGUUCUGUAGCUUUUGGCAAUUACAAACUGGAAUGGUUUAUUUUUUGUUUGAUCUAUUUUCCUUUUCGAUGACA